AUGGAAAAUCCUGAACACUACUCAGCCUAUCUGUACUUUCCGGCAACCACUCCGGAUUUAAUCCCUCAGGACUGUUGGGGCGCAUCUCCUAAUUCCAGCUACGACAGUCUGAGCGAUGAAGGGUUUCAAUCGGUUACCAGUCCAGGAAAACCUGGAUCCAGAGGAAAAGUGGCUCCUCAAGUGUUGAGGAGGCGAAGACUGGCGGCCAAUGCCAGAGAACGUCGCCGAAUGCAGAAUCUGAACCAAGCUUUCGACCGUUUGCGGACUUUUCUGCCUCAAUUGGGUCAGGAUAGGCAGCUGAGCAAGUUUGAGACCCUCCAAAUGGCUCAAACCUACAUAGCAGCUUUGUACGAUCUGCUGGAUCAAGCGCCCUCCAGUCGCUGA